GCGCGUGUACGUCAUAACAAAGAAACCGGAUCAACACACAGCGAAUAAGAUAAAUAAUUAAUUAUUCCGGAAACAAACGCUAGGUGGUUAGCCCUCCAGAAGUAGCGCCAAAUUUGAACCUUCGUUUUCAAUACAGAUAAUAGCGGAGUGAUCCUUAUUAAUGUAUCAGACUGGUAUUUAUGUUUAGCCUGAUAUUUAGUGAAUAACACAGAAAGCCCUGGAACGUGAGAUUUCAAAUUCAAAAGUGAAACUGUGGAGCAAACAUAUUUUAAAAUGGAAGCAAGAGAUUUCUUCAGCAAACUAAGAUCCUUGGCUAUAACCCUGGACAAAGAGAGCAGGCAGCUUGAACAAGCUCUUAAUAACAAAGAGUGUGAUGAAGUCACUGAUACUGAAGCUCCUUUGAAGGUAUUACAUGACAUGCAGUCAGAAGUAAGGGCUUUAAAGGGUGAAGUACACGCCAAGUUGUCUGAUAUUACAUUGCAGAGAAAUGAAAUGAAUGAAUUUAUUAAAGCUGCUGGCAUACUAAGAAAAAGAGCUGUAGUGGAUAUUGAAAAACUAAAAGCUCAUUUCCAAAGUUACGGGUAUGAGGCACCCAUUUUGAAAAAAGAAAUUAAGUCAUUGCCUGAGGAAGAGACUAAACAGCAAUCUAUCAAGUCUACCAGAUCUGUAGAAGAUAUCUCAAAUCCUGAAUUUGAAAAUGUCAGGUCGUUUUCUUCUCCUUCCAAAAAGCAGACUGCAUCCUGGGAUUCUUCAGGCUCCCCUCGCACUCCUCAGCUUGCUGAUUUUGGUCUUUCACAUUACCAGUUUGCUAAUCCUUGGGAGAAAUUACCAGCUUUACCUGGUCUUUCACAGUUUUCUUAUAGUGGGACACACAAGAACAUGUUGAAGCCUGUGGAAGUGAAACAGACUGUUACAGUACCCAAAACUCCAAAAUGCACAUUAAGACUGGAGGAUGAAGAUUUCACUCCUAAGCUUGAAGAUUUUGGGAUUAGUGAAAAUACCAUGUGCCUAAAUGCUGACUUCACCAUGGAAUUAAUGAAGAAAAACAAUGAAUUGGCCAAAAGGUGUAACAUUUUAACUUCUAACUGAUUUUUCUUUUUUUGAUUUUGAUGCAUAGUUGCGGUGUUAAAUAGUUGUACAGUUGCUGUUUGAAAUAUGUAUGAAGUUAAUGAUGCUUGCUCUUCUCCCUUUCUCUUUAAUUGUGAUCUUCUUUCUAAGCCAUACAUAUUGCUCAGAAUUAUUCAGAAAGGAAGUUAUUUCUUUUUGGUAGGGGGUUUCACUUUUAAAUACGGGUGUAGAAGCCCUGUUAAAAAUUUUGAAUAACUUACCUAUAUGCCUAGUGUUUGGAAGAAGUAUAUUGCUGGCAAAAUGACUUAAAAAACUUUCAUGGUCAGAAGUUAAAGGCAUGUUUUAUCAUAUAUUGACCUUUUAUUCAGCAUUAAUAUCCCUAUAUCAUUCUAGCUGGUUAUUUAUUUUGUAAUUUAAUUUAGCCUAAAAUAGCCUGAUAAUGGCUGCUGUACUGACUUGAUUCCGUGUUUCAGCUGUAAGAUUUGUCUCCCACUGUGUUUUAUUAGCCCUACAAUGUGAGAUUUUGCCUUUCCUUUCCAACAGAUUGUUUUGCCCAUUUAUUGAGAAUGUGAAUGUCUUGGAUUACUGUUUUACACAAGACUUUCAGCAGAGCCUAUGUACAUUAUUUUUAAAUCUGUCACUCCUUUGCUUUAUAGUCUUUACUAUCUUAUAAACAUAUUUACUUAGACCCUUUUCAUUUCCUUUACAGGGAAUUAUUAAAUUGUUUUUUUUUUUUUUU